AUGGCCGCUGAGAGAGUUCCACCACCAGAUUGGGCUAUCGCGGCGGACCCUCCGCCAGGUGAGUGGAUCGAGAAUUUUCCCCUGCCAACAAUAUCCCUUCCCAGCACAGUCAAGUCUGUGAUCUCAACCACCGAGAACUCGAAGACGCAGCCAGCCGACACGACGAAAGGCGUGGUAGAAUCACACGGCUCUCGGGGCCUCCAUCGCAUUUAUACCUCAAAAUGUAUGCUGCACCGACUCUGGGCCUAUGUCGCCGAUACCUCAUUUUCGGCAGUCCCCUCGCCAUAUCUCGAUCCCCUGACCCCGUUUGCUCGGGCGAAGGACCGGGUGGCAGAACGAGGUGAGGGGCCGCCCAGGGGCUUUGAGCAGGCCCGUGCGGAUAUCUUUUCCGAGCUCUCAGCCGAACGAAAAAGGAUUCAUGUCAAAUGUAACGAGGACGUCCGCGAAGGCCUGAACAGACAUGUCUACACCAUUUCCAACCAUUACCUUAGACUGCGUUACGAGAACUCGAUUCUGCCCAACGCCGAUGCCUUGGACCUUGAUGAAGCGUCGCAGUUCAUAAACUCCGACGGGACAGCCAUCAAGAACGGCGACCUCCUUCAGACAGAUAUCCAUGCCCCUGCUUGGGUUACCCCUGUCAGAGAUGAUAACCGCAACCCCAAAAUCACAGCCAGUGGCUUUGCCGACAGGGUGCUGGCUGUGGAUCUUGUCACCCCUCGAAUCAACCCGCCGUUCCUUCCCGGCGCCCGCUUCCGUCGCUUCAGCGUUUGCCUCGGUGAAGGGAAGAUUUUUUGGGCCUAUCCUGCAGACGAGUUCGAGAACAUCUUCACCAGCCCAGAAUUCCUUGACGUAGAUGGCCAAUUUCUGCCCAGUGAUUCUGCCGCAGACUCCAUGUGCCUCCUCUUCCAACAGCUCUGGGGCCAAUUCCACUUUUUGGGCCCAAGGGUCGGCUUCGUUACCAACAUGCACUACGUCAUGUUCCUACUUCGCGAUCCCAGACCAGACCAGAAAGGUCGUCUCAUCGUUUCGCCUCUCAUGAAAUUUACCGACAAGCGCCUUUUGACUUGCUUUGUGGCCAUGACCUACGUUGCCAUUGAUGCUUAUAGGAAGGGUGAAGAUGACGAGUGGAACUAUAUAAAAGAGACCCUAGCACCGAAGAAGGAAUGCUUCAAGCUCACUCUGACCGGGGCAUCAGUUCUGUCUGAACACGAAGAGGAGCUGCAGGCUCUGUUGAGAAUUAGUUAUUGCAUUCUUAUGUUUCCACUUUAUUAG